GUCUCACCUUCAAAGUCCUGGCAUCUCAAUGCAUCUGGGAAGCUACCUGUUUUAAGUCAGGACUGAGCACACAAGUGAGCUCCUGAAAGCAGCAGCUAUGGCUACAGUGAUCCUGGAGAGCAUCUUCCUGAAGCGAUCCCAGCAGAAAAAGAAAACCUCACCUUUAAACUUUAAGAAGCGCCUCUUUCUCUUGACUGUCCAGAAGCUCUCCUACUAUGAGUAUGACUUUGAACGUGGGAGAAGAGGCAGUAAGAAGGGUUCAAUAGAUGUUGAGAAGAUCACCUGCGUUGAAACAGUGGUUCCUGAAAAAAACCCUCCCCCUGAAAGACAGAUUCCGAGAAGGGGCGAAGAGUCCAGUGAAAUGGAACAGAUUUCAAUCAUUGAAAGGUUCCCUUACCCUUUCCAGGUCGUUUAUGAUGAAGGACCUCUCUAUGUCUUCUCCCCAACUGAAGACCUGAGGAAGCGUUGGAUUCACCAGCUCAAAAAUGUAAUCCGGUACAACAAUGAUCUGGUACAGAAAUACCACCCUUGCUUCUGGAUUGAUGGGCAGUAUCUUUGCUGCUCUCAAACAGCCAAAAACGCCAUGGGAUGCCAAAUUUUGGAGAACAGGAAUGGAAGCUUAAAAUCUGGGAGCUCCCACCGGAAGACGAAAAAACCCCUGCCUCCCACUCCUGAGGAAGACCAGUUCUUGAAAAAGCCACUACCUCCUGAGCCAAGAGCAGCCCCUGUUUCCACAAAUGAGCUGAAAAAAGUUGUAGCCCUUUAUGACUAUAUGCCAAUGAAUGCAAAUGACCUACAGCUGCGAAAGGGUGACGAGUACUUUAUCUUAGAAGAGAGUAACUUACCCUGGUGGAGAGCACGGGAUAAAAAUGGAGAGGAAGGCUAUAUCCCCAGUAACUACGUCACUGAAGCAGAAGACUCCAUAGAAAUGUAUGAGUGGUAUUCCAAGCACAUGACUCGGAGUCAAGCAGAGCAGCUGCUAAAGCAAGAGGGCAAAGAAGGAGGUUUCAUUGUCAGAGACUCCAGCAAAGCUGGAAAAUACACUGUAUCUGUGUUUGCUAAAUCUACAGGGGACCCUCAAGGGGUGAUACGCCAUUAUGUUGUGUGCUCCACACCUCAGAGCCAGUACUACCUGGCUGAGAAGCACCUAUUCAGCACCAUCCCCGAGCUCAUUAACUACCAUCAGCAUAACUCUGCAGGUCUCAUAUCCAGGCUGAAAUACCCCGUGUCUCAACAAAACAAGAAUGCACCUUCCACUGCAGGCCUGGGCUACGGAUCAUGGGAAAUAGAUCCAAAGGACCUGACAUUCUUGAAGGAGCUGGGGACUGGACAGUUUGGCGUAGUGAAGUAUGGGAAGUGGAGAGGCCAAUAUGAUGUGGCCAUCAAGAUGAUCAAAGAAGGCUCCAUGUCCGAGGAUGAGUUCAUUGAAGAAGCCAAAGUCAUGAUGAAUCUCUCCCAUGAGAAGCUGGUGCAGUUGUAUGGCGUCUGUACCAAGCAGCGCCCUAUCUUCAUUAUUACCGAGUACAUGGCCAAUGGCUGCCUCCUGAACUACCUGCGGGAGAUGCGCCACCGCUUCCAGAAUCAGCAGCUGCUGGAGAUGUGCAAGGAUGUCUGUGAAGCCAUGGAGUAUCUGGAGUCAAAGCAAUUCCUUCACCGAGACCUGGCUGCUCGGAACUGUUUGGUAAAUGACCAAGGAGUGGUUAAAGUAUCUGACUUUGGCCUGUCCAGGUAUGUUCUAGAUGAUGAAUAUACAAGCUCAGUAGGCUCCAAAUUUCCAGUCCGGUGGUCUCCACCAGAAGUCCUUAUGUAUAGCAAAUUCAGCAGCAAAUCUGACAUUUGGGCUUUUGGGGUUUUGAUGUGGGAAGUCUACUCUCUGGGGAAGAUGCCAUAUGAGAGGUUUACUAACAGUGAAACUGCAGAACACAUUGCCCAAGGCCUACGUCUCUAUAGGCCUCAUCUGGCUUCAGAGAGGGUAUAUACCAUCAUGUACAGCUGCUGGCAUGAGAAAGCAGAUGAACGUCCCACUUUCAGAACUCUUCUGAGCAACAUUCUCGAUGCCAUGGAUGAAGAAUCCUGAGCUGGUCAAUAAGCUUCUUAGUUCUCCACAAACCCUGAUUUCACUUUCUCUGAAGAAAGCCUAGGCUUUCUGGUCCUGGGGCCUUUAUGUUCCCACUGUGUACACAAAAGGCCUCUCUUUACACCUGGGAAAGCCUCUCUGAUUCCACUGAAAACAAAGGCCGAAGAAUUAUUUUCUGCCUGGUAUUGUGCCCACUCCCCGGAAAUUUCUCAAGGUUAUUAAAACAGACUGACUUUGGAAUGGAAACAUUUGGGGAUGGGUGAGGAGAGAGGGGUGUAAAUAGCCUUCUCUCAAAAAGUCCAAGAAC